AUGUCAUCACCACUUCCUGUCCCCUCCAAAGCUGCCUUGACAGCCCUCCGAGGACUUGUCGUGGGAACCUCUUGCACCCUCGCGCUCGUUGCCGAAGAUCGCCGACGACGAAUCAGAAACGCCUUGACCGCAAUUGAAAAUGGAGAGCGCAUCAGACAAGCCAAGAACUACAACACGGGCGGCGCUGCUCUGGCUGUGGCCCUGGAAGAAGAGUCAUUGCUGGAUGCGGGCGUCUCGCCCUUAGCUCCUGGGCCAUACGCUGCGCUACCCACAGAGAUCAUCCGACAAUACGAUAGUGCUAGGACCGCGGAAUUGGAACGAUUGCAAAGGGGCGAGGAUGCCAGUGAGUCAAACACAACACAGGGAGAACAUGAUUCGGGGUCACAUCCUUGCGGACAUAGCCGAAGAGAAACACCAAGGUCGUUCACACCCAAGAAGCGGACCCUCACAGGGCAGCACCACUUUAUUCCACCGGUAGAAGGAACGCCGAUCACGCAAACUCGACAUAUUCAUCACAGGUUUUCGAGGAAAGCAGACAACGAAGGCGGAGGACGAAGCUCGCUCGCAUUCCCCAGCAAUGAUCAGAUUGUCGCCAUGGUUCAGGAAGCUUGCAGAACCAGAGAAUUGGGACAAAUGGAAAAGGCCGCAUCAUUAAUCUUUGAAGCGACCAAUCAGAAUCAAGCACCGGACAACCUGAAUGAGACUUGGAUGGAGGCAUCUGCUGUACUCUGCCGGACCUACUUGGACAUGGAACGAGCUGAGGACGCCGCAAAGAUUUUAUCUACCGUGUUAGCCCGUGCACCACUUACAGAGGCGCGGUACUUCGACUUCCAACCUGUACGACUUAUAGACUCACUUCUCGCCAAAGCGACACAGGCAAAGACCGGGGAGAACAUAUGUCCGGCCAAACUCGAGACGGCCAUAGGUUUGUUCUUGCCAAGGUUCACCGAAAAGCCGGUGGUCCAGAGUGCCGAAUUGCUUGCGGUUGGGAGAGCCUUGCUCGACCAUGCCUUUGCUGUGGGAAAAUCAACCAGGGCCAUUGACGUAUAUUGGAGGUGUAUCUCGGUCUCGGAGAGCCGGUAUGACUUUACCUCGUGGGUUAUCACCAAGCUUCAUGACUCUGGCGAUUACAAAGCAGCCAUUCGACUGUUCCUCGCCAACUACUGCAAGAUGAGCCCGAGUGCGCCAUCCAUCAUUCGCAUUGCAGGACCGGUAGUGCAAUGCGUUGAGAAGGCCCACAAUUACAAACCGGCUCAGGUCCUCAAGACUUUGUUGAACAUCGCCUCCGGGAGGUGUCAGCUCAAGACGGAAUGGGUCAUGAGACUCCUGACUGCUCACUGGAGACGACAUGGCAAUUUCGACGAAUUGGAAACAUUCUUCCAGCAACUCCUAGAGUCAGGCUUGAAGGAUGUGGUUUACCAUCUGGACGGCGUUUAUCGUGUCAUGACCGAGUUGGCAUUAGAAGCUGGGGAAGAUCUGAAGGCCGAGUCAAUCUUUGCUCAAGCUUCGACAGAGUUACCACAGCUGGCUCACGACGUACGGUUGCUUGGUAUAUUUGCACGUUUCAAGGCCAAGCAGCAAGAUUGGGAGGGAGUCAGGGAAUCAUUUGUGGCCAUGAAGCUGGACUCCAAGCCGGCACUUGAUGCGUGCGGUACCGCAUUCGUCCCGGUGGUCAAAACCUAUGCGGCAAAUCACACGGUCCAGGAGACUGAUGCCUUCAUGAGAUCGUAUAUCACCGAGCUCAAGGUACCACUUAGCCGGUACCUGGUUACUCUGAUGGCGAAGCAGUACGCCUCCAUUCGGGAUCUUGAAUCCUUCGUCGAGUGGCUUGAAUACUGUAGCACGGCAGGGUUCCAGGUUGACGCCGCAUUCACAAACGCCGUGCUUGUUAGCUGCCGAAGAAACUGGAACGUCCCAUUUCGAGACCUUCGGACGCUUUUCCGCAAGCUUAGGGAAUUGAACCCCAACUUUGUCGAUAGGCACACGGAACGCGUCAUGAUGGAUGCAGCACUCUCAUCGGACAAUAAGCUUGAGGGAGGAUUUGCUCGCGGGCGCGUCCUCUCGUUACGCAUAAAUCCCAACUUGGGUCCUAUCAGGGGCAAAAGUGACACGGAACAUGAGGUCACUCUGGCGAUGAAGGAGGCGCUGAGCUACAGGCACCCAGCCAAAGCACUCAGCAUCUACAAGCGAGCCCUCCAUCUCGGGAUGCCCUUCUCCGAGUGCGCUCUAAAGCUGGCAGUCAACGCACAGCUAAAGCUAGAGAACAGGCCCUACAAAAAGACGUACGAUCUUGUCCUGAAAGCCCAGGAUCAAGGCAACAACGUCGAUGCCAUUCUCAAUUAUCUCCUCGGACUUCAACUCGCCGACCUUGCUGCAAAAGGCGGCGAAAUCAGGAGCAUCGUCCAAACAGCCAUCGACCGAAUCAAAGAAGUCGGCCUCAAGAUAGCCGACACUUUCCUCCAUCGGGCUGCGUUGAUCUGCCUAAGUUCCGGUCACUUUGAAGGCGCGCAUCACUACGCUCUCAUGGCCGCCGAGUCCAACAACCACGCAGAGCCAUGCUACAACUUGGACAACUUCCGCAUCAUGCUUUACUCCUUAUCCGGCCUGCUCAACAUCGACGGCAUCCGCCACGUGCUGGCCAAGGCCAUGUCGAGCAACUACAAGGAGCACACGGGCUGCCUCAAGGCGCUCAAGCGGGCACGAGAGAUGGUGAUGGAAGCGCGCCUCAACGACGCCAAGCCGCAGCAACGACACGAUGCCUAUGAUAUCUUGAGCGAGGGUAUCGACACGAUCAUCGAAUCGCGCCAGCGGUUGCAGUCGCAGCGCGUCAGGCUGGGGACGGAGUCGGUCCGGAUCAUGCGACAGGCGGCGCUGGAUGCUGGCGGUGCCCCGGUUGACUUUGCCGAGAUCCCGUGGUUGAACAGCAGCAAACCCCAGAUCAGGCAAGACGAUGAUGCGGAGCUAGACCUUGAGGAGGAGUUCCGGAGGCAGCAGCAGGAGGAGAGGCCGGAGGAAAAAGAGGGUAGGACUGUCUUCGACGAGUUUUUGGUUUUGGAUAGUGCGUUUUCUACUACGGGUGGGAAAAUGGCUGGGACUGGGGCUGGACUGGCACGACCUGUGCCGGCGGCGUGAAGGGAUCAUGGGAAGACAUGGAGAGGCACAUACAUAGCAUACCUAGCAUACCUACGUACAUAUUGCAUAUGGGUUAGUUGGACAGCACAACAGUCCUUUUUGAUGGUUUACAAAUGGACGUCUCAAUUUCCCUUGG